GGCCUUCUCCGACUGGGCGACGGCCGGCUCUUGUUCCCGGCCCGACGACCAUGUCGAAGAGCCAAGAGCUACAACCUCUUUCCUCGUUGCUCUUGUAGCAAGAAAUGCAUUAAACGACAGCGUGUUUUUUUUGCCACAGGACAUUAGUAGAAAACACAUAUACGGUGCCACUUUGGCUCAAAUUACUAGAAAGUACGUACGCUUAUUUAUUUUUCGUCUUUUCCAUGUCUGGGCCCACACAUCAUUUCUUUUAGGACGAUUUUACCCUCGGGUCGUUUCACCUGGUCUGGUUCGAUCGAACCUUGCCUGGUCGAACGGAACGACCGGAGGCGAAGAACAGCGCCGCUACCUCGCCGUGCCUCCUCCCCCGCGCACCACCCGUUCCUCUGGCCGCUGGGGGAUCUGCCGCCGUCUCUCUGCUCUCAGGAGAAGAGACGGUCGCGUGCCUCCGCGUGUGGCCUACGUUCGCCAACUAUGGUGAAGGGGCCGGGUUAUUAGCUGUAAGGGUAGUAUCAGUAUGUAUUCCACCUAUGUGCCAUAUUGUAGUUGGUUAGGUCUAUAUAAGCCACUACUCCAUAGCACUACUAGUCUCUGACACCCUAGCGCGCCUCGGUCUUCCCUUUGACAACUACAAAUGCACCAACAGACUCAAGGUAGUGGCGUCUCGCACCCCGGUUCGUCGGACCUCUUCUCCUAUCUCUUGCCGAAUAUACAGUUUAUGGUCUGUGUCUACUUUCUUGUUGCACAUGCACACCGUUUUUUUUCGAAUUUUUUGGGGUUCCCCACCUGAAUAUAUUGAAAAAGGGAUAAACGCCAGGUUUUUACAGCAACAAGGUAGAGAGGUACAGAGGAGGGAGGGAGGGAGAAAAAUCACACAGGUUCAGUACAAAGAGAGCUGUGCCAAUCCUCAACGGCGGAGUGUAGGUCAGGGGAAAUCUCCCAUACCAGAGAGGGGCAUCGUCGCGGCACGUUUUCAGCAGCAGCCGUAGCGAGGGGCGGGCAUCGCAAAAAACAGUGGCAUUGCGCUGCUCCCACAGGUGCCAGCAGCAGAGGAGAGCGAACGCCGGCACAUGCACAUGCACAUGCACAAAGUUGUACUAAAUCAACGACAAUUACUCCGUAAUAUGGAUUGGAGGGUAUCUAUUUUCAAGUGGUAGCAGUAGCAUACUAGAGAGAAAGGAUUCUUGCUAUUUUGCAGGUACGUGGUCCGAGACACAGGAAAUCGAGAUGGGGAGUAUCAAGGAACUAUUUUACGAGUGGGAAAUCCAGGUGCUUGUUCUCCUCAGCUUCAUGCUACAAAUGUUCCUCUUCUUCGCUGGCAGCCUUCGGAGGCGUAGCCUCAACUCGUUUCUUAGGUUCCUCACUUGGAUAGCUUAUCUGGGCGCAGACUUAGUAGCAGUUUACACCCUGGGCUACCUCUCACGCCAUGAGGACGCGACCACUGGACUAUCUUUCUUCUGGGCACCAUUUCUUCUCAUCCAUCUUGGUGGACAGGACACCAUUACUGCUUUCGCCAUGGAGGACAACAAGUUGUGGUUGAGGCAUUUAUUGACUCUGUUUAUGCAAGUUGUCCUAGCUUUAUAUGUUUUCUGGAAGUCCAUUGACAAACACGACGUGGAGCUUCUAGUUUCAGAUGUCUUUGUGUUUGCUACUGGAAUUAUCAAGUAUGGAGAAAGGAUAUGGUCUCUCAAGUGUGGGAGCUUUGAAAGCUUCGAGGGUUCCACUGGACAACAGUACAAGCAACAGGUGCCGGGGGAGGUUGCCGAGGAUCCCUAUUCUCACAUUGUGUGCGCUGCCCUGCAUCGUAUGCCACGUGUCUUUCGAAUCUUUACAGCACGAUCAGGUGAUAGUGGUACAACUAUCCAAGAAAACCCAAGCAAUUGGGUGAAGCGGAUGAGGCUCGAGCUUGGCAUGAUGUACGAUGAUCUGUAUACUAAGUCAUGUGUGCUCAGAACAAGGAGUGGCAUCAUAUUGCGAUGCAUCUCUCAGGUAUCUAUUAUGAUUGCCUUGGCGCUCUUCCUCACGAGCGACACACGGAGGUACAGUAGAGCGGACAUUGCAAUCACCUGGUCACUCUUCGUAGGAUGUUUUUUAUUGGAGGUAUGUGCAAUGUUUAUUUUGAUAAUGUCACCAUGGUCCUGGGCGUGGUUGAAGGUGCGAAGGUGCACCCUGCUUGCAAGCUUGUCCUGGUUUCUCUUGUGCAGUGGCAUUGGAUGGCCAGAGAGGAAGCCAUAUCUGAAUUCAAUAGGGCAGUACAACUUCCACAGGUGGUUAGAUGCAAGCAGCAACCAGCCAAGGUCAUAUAGUAGACGAGCGAUGACAACCGUUAUCAAAAGCUUGGUGAAUUUGGUUGGUGUCAAAGAGGAUAAAAUAUUGUUCUGGAUUAGCAGGUUGUUAGACACCGAGCACGUGCAGGCAGAUAAGGAGACGAUGGAGUGUGUUGUUAGGGGAAUUACUGACUUCCAUGCUGAAAUCAGCAGAGUUCCCCGGCAGUGGCCAAAACUUGGCGGCAUAGUGCAAGAGCUACAAGAUAUUCGUGAAGAUUUUGGUGGGAAGGUUGCUUUAGUGCAUUUUAUCACAGAGGCACACUUGAUAAAAUAUCCUCUUCAUCCUCCUUCGGACAUGGAGACGGCCACAGGUACCAGCUGCAGUGUCAUGGUGGAGGUAUGCCGGAAACUAUCUAACUACAUGGCAUACCUUUUGGUUACCCACCCUUCCAUGUUGCCGCUCAAUGACAGCGCUCUAUUUACACUGGAGAAAAUGGUACACUUGUUUCCACAUCUCAUAGAUGAGCAGCAGGAUUCUGAAGGUUACUUCAGCAUCGAGCCAAGCAUGGAAACACUGCAGGAGUUGGUAGACAUAUGGACGAAGCUGAUCAUCUAUGCCGCGGCCAAGUCCCGGCCAGAGAUGCACGCGGCGCACCUGGCCAGAGGAGGGGAGCUUAUCACCUUCGCCUGGCUGUUCUUGAGCCACAACUUUUUGGGAGAUGCUGAGGUGAUCAAGGUGCAGCUUACCAAUGCCAAUCAAAGAGGGACGAUAGCAUACGUCUUCAGAAAUCCUACACCAAGAUAAUAGCAUCAUAUCCAACGCAUCAUAUCCAAUACAAGCCCUGUAGAGUACAAACUCCUCCGUUCUUCAUUCGAUUACUCCUCUUCUGUUCGCGUUUGUGGCUUCAAUAAUUGAUUGAAGUGUGAAGUUUUUAUACAAGCUUCAGUACUAUGUGCUAAAAAAUCAUUAUAAAUGCUUUUAUGCGCCCUAAAACAGAC